AUGGCGCGAAUACAGCGCAUCCUCGCGGCGCUCAGCCUCUUCUUCGCUUUGGUUUCUGCCGCUUCUGCGCCCACGUUCUGCAAAUGCACCUGCUUCACCAACAGCACCAUCAUCCCCCUCGGCCCACAGCACGCCCAGCCCGUCAACGGCAACCCGCCCCCGUCGUCGCGAGGCGUCCAUGUCGAUGGCGAUGUCGAUGCCGUUGCCGUUGCGUCCCGACACGGCCUCAGCCUCCACAACGUUGACGCCCGCGCCAGCUCGUCGUCGUGCACCCAGUGCAACCGCGCCUUCUGCCUCAACUACAACCUGCCCAUCUGCAAGGGCGCCGAGGAAAAGGACGUCGUCACCAUGUGCUUCCAGCGCGACAGCCGCAAGGACCAGAUUAUUGUCUGGUGUUUUUUGCUCGGCACGGCGGGUCUGCUCGGCUGGAAGGCCGUGCAGCACGCGCUGCACUUGACGGAGGGCGCGGAUGCACGAGCGCCGUUGCUGGGCGGCGCUGGGCACAACGGCGGCGGCAACGGCCGUGGCAACAUCGUCCAGAGGCUGCUGGCGACCAUUGGCAUCGGCGGCCGCCGCGGCGGGUCGGGCAGUCCGCUUUCGUCGCCCUCGGCAGCCGGUCCGCGUGGACAGUAUGCGCCAUUGGGCGGUAGCAGUGCGGACUAA